UUGACUUCAUUGAGUUGAAUUCGCUGUUAGAUUCUAUGGCAGAAAACGCUGAUCGUGCCCCGAUAAAUGGUUCUAGUUAUGCCCCUACAGUAACUAAAUUUCAGCUUUCGUUAAAAAAUUUAAAUGCAUUUUAAAACGUUUUUGUCUACUUUUUCGAGUUUCGGCCAGUUAGGAUACAAUGAGGGGCAGUAUAAAGUGUCCAAAGUAUUUUUUUCAAUUUCUUUUAUUUUUCUGGCUAAAAUUCAACGAAAACACAUCGUAAUCAUUGUUUAUUAUGUUCUUUUCAAUUUUUGUUAAUGUUGCGCUGAUAAAAAAGAAAGUUUUCCUGAUAGAAAAAAACAGUUAAUAUUCCAAAAAAAAAUAGGGGCAAAGUGUUCAGAUCAGUACAGCUUCAAAAAAUUCAAACUGAAGGCAAACAAGAACGAUUUAAUAAUGGGUAUGGCUUCCUUCAGCCUUCAACACCUCCUGCAAGCGCUUCGGCAUACUUUUAAAAAAGUUGUGCAAGUGUUGUGGGUCGAGUUCUUCCCACGCAUGCUCCAGGGCAUCAAAAUAAGUAUUUUUAUUUGUCACACCAGUCUUAUAAAUCAGAGCAUCGAGGAUGGCCCACAGAUUUUAGAUGGGGUUCAGAUCAGGACUUUGUGGGGCCAUUCAAGGGGUUUGAUGCGGCAGGAACGGAAAAAUGACUUCGUCAGAUUGGCCGUAUGCAUCGGAUCGUUAUCCUGCUGUAAAACGAAGCGCUCUUCGAGGCCCGUCUUGGUGAGCGAUACCUCGAGGUUUUCCCGCAGGAUAUUGCAAUAUGACUCAGCUGUCAUGAUUCUCAUCUCAUUCAUCGUCAUUUGCAACUAUGGAUGGUUCCCGUGGGUGACAAAACGUGGCUUUUAUUGUGAUGAUCGUUCGAUUCAGCGGCCUUUCACCGGGGAUACCAUCACCGCAAAGAUGAUCAUCAUCAGCGGAUUUGUGCCAUUGUUUCUGAUUUGGCUCACAGAGGCAAUAUUCUACACUCCCUCGAGCUUGGACUGCACCAAAACGGGACCGGUCCAAACCAGGUGUCGCGAAUCGUUCCGCCAAAGCUGGUAUUGGUUCAAAAAAUACGCACGCGUUUUGAUUUUAAAACUGUUGAUUGUGGACGUUAUAAAGGUUUUGGUUGGAGAACACAGGCCACAUUUUUUGGACACUUGCAAACCGAAUGUUGUUUGUGAAGGCAGCGAAUACGUAUCGACCUAUGUGUGCACCAAUACGGAAGAUAAGUCGUACUUCAUUCGCGAUGCCAGUAAAUCAUUUCCAUCGGGCCAUUCUUCGACCAGCGUAUAUGCUGUCGUGUUCGUGAUUUGGUAUCUGCAGAGGCGUGUUCCGAAGAUGCGCUCCUGCAUGGCCUUGCUGCUUUGUCAGACGGCUGUCGGUAUUUGGGCCCUCGUCUGUUCUCUAUCCCGCAUCUUUGAUAACCGUCAUCAUUGGUGGGACGUGCUGGCCGGUUCUAUUAUCGGACUGAUAGCCGGAAUUUUAACGUGUUAUUUGGGUUGCCAAAAUUUCAAUAAAGCAAGGCAAAGGGUUCAAAUUACUUCUUACAAGGAUCAUGACGUGACCCUUAUUGGAAACAACAGUAUAUCCUGUAAAGAUGAUGGUGUUUUGCACAACACCAUAAUGCAAUCGACACAAACAGGGAACAAUUAUUGAAAGUAUUUUAAGCGGAGCUUUAUUAGUUGGUUAGGUUUUUAAUUAAUUCGUCUAGAAAUGAUGAAAUUUGUACAAUAUAUUUCCUCAAUUUAGGGCAUGAAAGUUAUAUUUACAUUAUGUUUACAUGGAUUACAUUCAAAUGAUUGUGAUAUUAGAAUGUAAGCUGCAUAGAUUUCAACCAAUAAAGUACUACUUUAAAAAGGCAGCGUUUAUUAGAGAGUAUUACAAGUUUACUCCAAUGAUUAGGUUUAAAAUUUUAAGUAAUCAAAGUUUGUUUUUAUCUUCAUAAUGUUACACUGAGAUACAGGAACACGAACCACCCACAACAGCAUUUUUGCUCGCGAAAAGCAUAACACGCUAAGACGAUUCAAAUAAAUCAACAAUCAAACAUCUAUGCACCAAUCUAUGCAACCGAUAGAAGUCACAAUUGAAAUCUUUCCUAAAGCUACCUCGAAAGUCCGCUUCAUAACGGUCUGUAGAAUAAAAUGAAAUGAGCAAAAAAAAACUAUUGGCGUCGGCGUCGCGUCGUUCGUGACAUUACCUCAGCUUUAAAACUGGUCUACACAUCAAAUGCAGCCGUAAUCGAUUACUGCACUGUACUCAGUACGGAUGGUACAUGAGAAGAAACAUGUAAUAAUUGCAUAACUAAGUGCAGCUACCCUCUCUAGUAACCUGCAGAAGGAUUAGCCUUUCUGUGGGGUUUACUUUACAGUUUCUCAAACAGUUUGUCGGAAAAGAACAAAGAAGUAUAAAGUUGUCAAGUAUGAACCGUUUUAAAUAAAUUUAUUUACCAUUUUUAGAAAAUUAUGUUUGAAAAGCAUGCUUUGUACCAACUAGAAUAACUGUAUCGCCUUUUGACGAUUAAAAUAGAAAUACUUAUAUGUAUGUGUAUUAGUUGACAUUCUCUAAACAAGAUUUCUUUAAAAACCGGAGUCAGAACAACGCGCAGCAUUAAUAUUAUUGAAAAAACAAUUUUAUAUCA